ACAUUUUCUGACAGCGCGCAUCUCGUCCAAAACCUUAUCCCUCGGUCAGCUCUCACUGUCUCUCUGUUUCUGCAACUUUUAAGCACUGCUGCUUUGCWCUACUUCAGAUCAUAUAAUUUCUCUUCUAACCCGUCUAUCUUACCGUGGGAUCCUAAUUUACAUGGCAGCCAUUCUCUCCUCCCACUUAUGCUAUUCUCUCGCUACUUCGAAACGCGCCCACUCGAGGAUAUCGACGAAACACACAGCAUGCGAUUGGAUUCCACGGUUUAAAGUUCAAUGUUCUUCCCAAAAACAUCACCGAUUUCAACUCGAUCACAAACAGAAAGAGAGCUCUUUCUCCUUAAAGGAAUGUGCAGUUUCUAUAGCAUUGGCGUUUGGAUUGGUUACGGGUACACCAUCAAUGGAUUGGUUUGCUUACGCUUCUCCGACUGGUCCAGCCCUGCCUGAUGUUUCGGUGUUGAUUUCUGGACCGCCAAUUAAGGACCCGGGAGCGCUGUUGAGGUACGCCUUGCCCAUCAACAACAAAGCUAUCAGGGAGGUCCAGAAGCCCCUCGAGGAUAUCUCGGAGAGUCUGAAGGUCGCUGGGCUCAAAGCUUUGGAUUCUGUGGAGCGAAAUGUGAAGCAGGCCUCUCGGGCUCUUAAGCAGGGGAGAAGUUUGAUUCUCUCUGAUGUCGCCGAGUCAAAGAAAGAAAAAGGGAAGGAAUUGCUUGACAAGCUGGAACUUGGGAUGGAGGAGCUUCAACAGAUUGUGGAGGACAGGAAUAGGGAUGCUGUUGCACCUAAACAAAAGGAGCUGCUUCAGUACGUCGGAGAUGUUGAAGAGGAUAUGGUGGAUGGGUUCCCUUAUGAUGUGCCCGAGGAGUACCAAAGCGUGCCUCUUUUGAAAGGAAGAGCAACUGUGGAUAUGAAGGUUAAGGUCAAAGACAAUCCUAAUUUAGAUGAACGUGUAUUCCGUAUAGUGCUAGACGGGUACAAUGCCCCUGUAACAGCUGGAAACUUCGUAGACUUGGUGGAAAGGCACUUUUAUGAUGGGAUGGAGAUUCAAAGAGCGGAUGGCUUUGUAGUUCAAACUGGAGACCCUGAAGGUCCUGCAGAGGGUUUUAUUGAUCCURGUACAGGAAAACCACGCACAAUUCCAUUAGAAAUUAUGGUCAAUGGAGAUAAAACACCUGUUUAUGGCACUACUUUAGAGGAGCUUGGUCUAUACAAAGCUCAAACAAAGCUUCCUUUCAAUGCAUUUGGAACAAUGGCCAUGGCCAGAGAUGAAUUUGAGAACAACUCUGCCUCAAGUCAGGUGUUCUGGCUUUUGAAAGAAAGUGAAUUGACUCCUAGUAAUGCAAAUAUAUUGGAUGGUCGGUAUGCAGUUUUUGGAUAUGUUGUAGAUAAUGAAGAUUAUUUGGCAGAUGUCAAAGUUGGAGAUGUUAUAGAGUCAAUUCAAGUUGUCUCCGGCCUGGAAAAUCUAGUCAACCCAAGCUACAAGAUUGCAGGUUGAGUCUCUCUGAAAUCUUUCAGGUAGAUGUCAAUUGAGAGCCCAUGUUUUGACCAUGAAUUCCCAUAAAUCCUUUGUUGGUGGGCGAUGUGGGUCUUUGGACCAUGACUUUUCGUUCGUUAUUGAAUUGAGUAGCUUUGUACCAAUUAAUUUUCUUUCUCACUCUUGAGCCCAACUGUGUGUAAUGUUUUUCUUUUUGAAUUCAAUAUAGUUAUUUAUCAGUUAAUUUCUUGAGUUCAAUAGCA